AUGUCUCAAAAGUCGGGAAGAUCUUCUCCGUCUCCAAAAGAGGAUGACACUCAACUGCAGGUCCCUCCUACUCGAUCAUCCAGAUCUUCCACAUCUUCGCAGCCUGAUGUUGGACCUCAAACUCGCUCGGCUGGUCUUCCCACCAACCUCAAAUUAAAAGUCGCUACUCAAAUGAGUAGACUGCAACUCAUGAAGGACAUCUUCUCCAAGCUGUCCAACAUCUCAACAUGGACUGUGCAAGACCUGUCACACACUCAAGAACAGCUGCAAGACCUUCAUAAGAGCUUCUCAAAGACUCACUCCAUCGUCAAUCCUCUCCAAAGUUUGAAAGCUCUAGGUGAAGAUCUAGAGCAGAAUAACAAUCUCUUGGUGUUCCAUAUCAUCAAUCGUAUGGAUCACGCCUCUCGCACUCAUUGGGAAACUCUCAUCUCCUCUAAUAACGAAUUUCCCUCCUUCGCUCAGUUGAUGGAGUUCCUCCAAUCUCGCUCCAGAGCUCUAGAAUGGACUGAGUCCAAUCAGAGACAGUCAUCUCAAGAAUCCUCUCGCUCUCGCACAACAGUGCACACCAUCUCUCAAAAGGUUACAGCUCAAAGUAAACCUUCUCCUUCACUCAUCUCAAGCAAAUCGGCCUCCUCGAACACUCCAAUCUCAAAAGUCUCUUCUAUGCCCAACUACACCUGUGAUGAUUGUGGACACGACCACUUUAUUGCAGAUUGCCCUCGCUUCUCCAAACGCUCACCUCAAGAAAAAGCUGAUGUAGUAUUACAUCGCAUCCUCUGCUCUAACUGCCUCGGUAGACAUCAUCGCCACUCUUGCAGAACGACAAAGAUCUGCAAAAUCUGUGGAAGUCGUCAUCAUACACUUCUACAUGAUGCUCCUCUCAGCAGUAAACCACACUGCAAAGUUCCACCGGUACCCCCUCGAGUGCUUCCACAAUACGCUCUCACAUCUCAAAAAUCUGCUCAAAGGGAGCUACCUCAACCACGACUCAACACUCUCCUCGCCACUGCCAUCGCCCAUCUCAUCACCUCAACAGGAUCACACACGGUUCGACUACUCAUCGACAGUGGAUCCGAGCUGACCUUCAUCUCUCAAGAUCUAGCCAGAAAACUCAACAUCUCUAGAAGGAAGUCGCAUGUUGUAAUUGUGGGAAUUCAUGGAAAGACUUCUAAGACACAAGGAUCUCUCGCCCUCACUCUCAAGUCGACGUAUGACCAUCAAACCAUAAAUAUUGAUGCUCACAUUCUCUCAUCAUCUUUCUCUAAUUUGCCUUCCUUCUAUACAUGUUUUCAGCAAUCUCUACAUCUCCAGCAUCUCAAGUUAGCUGAUCCAGAAUACCACAUCUCAAGAGCCAUCGACAUCAUUUUGGGUGCUGAUGUAUAUGGCUCAGUUGUUCUUCCUCAGAUGAAAAAAGGCCCUCCAUCAUCUCCAAUCGCGCAACUCUCAAUCUUCGGCUGGCUAAUCCUAGGCCCUGUGUGUCAAGAACAGGAACGCCUUCCAAUCCAAUCUCCAAUGUUUCAUACUGUUCAAGAUGAAGACCUACAUCAUCUCCUCACUAAGUUUUGGGAACAGGAAGAAAUUCAACCAACGUCUACGUCACAUCUCACCUCUGACGAGCAAGAAUGUGAAAACCACUUUGUCUCCACUCACUCAAGGCUCUCCUCAGGGAAAUACAUGGUAAGAUUACCAUUGAAAUCAUCUAUUGACGUCUUAGGUUCUUCCAGACAACGAGCCUUCCGAUGUCUGCAAGCCUUGAUUCGGAAAUUCGACAAGGAUCCUGACUACUCUCUGCUCUACCACCAAUUUCUCGAUGAAUAUGAACUCCUCCAGCACAUGCAACCAGUCUCGUCAGAAAAGGUCAACUCAAGAUAUUUUCUUCCUCAUCAUGGUGUUCUCAAAACAGACAGCUCUACAACGAAACUGCGAGUAGUCUUCAACGGCUCCAGCCCCACCUCGACUGGCAUUUCUCUCAACGAUAUUAUGCACACCGGAGCGAAACUACAACUCGACAUAUCACAAAGAUGUACAGACAGAUUCUUGUUCAUCCUGAUGAUUGGGAUCUUCAAAGCAUCCUUUGGCUCGACUCAAAUAACAACGUAA